AUCGUGGAGCGAACAUAAUACACAAAAGGUAAAUAAAGGAAAAAGACAUAAUCAAUUUGAUGUAAGUUCGCUUAUCGAUUAGGUUUUCCCAGCUAGCUACGUUUCAUGCAAGAUUUCUCACGGGGACGGCCAGCAGAGAGCAUAGUUCAAACAUCAUGCCAAUCAACACGCGAGAAUUGCUGAAUGCUGUGGCCAUUGUUACCGACAAACAUUCGAUGCGCGUUACGCUCAAAAGUAGUGCCAAAGGUGCGACCAUCGCUGGGACGUCCACGUUUCUCGGUGGUUUGGUGGCAGGUCCUGUAGGGCUCUUAAUCGGUGGUACCGUCGGUGGCCUGGUCGCUUACGGUAUGACGAGUAAUCAGUUCAAACCUGUAAGCCACAUCAUACAACACGAUCUCUCGGUGCAAGAGCAGGAGCAGCUAAAGCAGCGGAUAGUCGACGCGUUGUCUGAAUUUAAUCCUACCGAUCUUCUGACUAUUCUACCCUUGUUGACGGGCAACGUUGCAGUACAGAAAACAGUCCUUAAUACUGUAGUAGCAUUUUUAACUAAUGAAAUGCGUAUGCAAAUCAUUGACUGACACAAAUCUUACGCCGAAAGUAACCUGAAAGCUCUCAUACUGGUGCUGAUAAUGUAGAAAAAUUUGCAAUUAAUUCACAUCGUGCCUUUAUAUACGGGAAUAUUAUUUUUGUUACUUGAUCUAUAAUAUUGUGAUGGGAUGGUAUAAAACAGUAAAAUAAAACAAACUCCAUUCGGAUGUUUAUUAAAUAAAUUGAAAUAAAUGUUUUC